CGUAAAUUAAAUCUGGAGUGCCAGAGGGCACUCGUAAAUCAGAGUUGUCAGAAUGUCCGUUCGUAAAUUCAGAGCGUUUCGCUCUCGGAGCGUUCAGAGCGCACACUGGACGCUCUGGCAGAGGAGUAGGGUAGAUUCGAGCGUUCUGACAUCACAACGGCACCCGAGCUAACUGGCUAACGUUGGCUAGCAUGUAAACUACUUCCAGGCACAAAUGAGAGAACACCACACUCUGACCAUUUUUACUCGCCCUAGCAGAGCUGGUUAGAUUGUUUUCAUGUAAUCCAGAGCGUUGGUAACUGUGCUGCUGGCAACAAUUGAAUUACGUAUUUUUGCGUUGUUUACUGACACCUGCCAUAUUCAAUUUGCUGUUGAGCUUUCGUAAAUUAAUCAAUUAUUCUGCACUCUGGCACACUCAGACGAGAGCGCAAUGAAAUCGGAGUAGAUAGCCUGAGUGAAUUUACGAACGCACCCACAAUGUGACUGCUACACACUAUUUGGAAGCACAACUCGUGUUUUGAGAUGGCUAUGUCGUUUUGGUGUAUUUUUUUUCUCCUACAUUUUUUGUUAUUAUGCAAAAGUUUCUCUAACGCUUUUUCGGGUUGUUUCAAGUAGCAGCUUAGGCCUAUAGCCCGACAGCAGCGCAUCCCUACUGGUUACAUAUAGAUAUUGACAGGCUUUCAUUUCAGGAUGUACUUAUACUGAACAUAAAUAUAAACGCAACAUGUAAAAGUUGGUUUCAUGGGCUGAAAUAAAAUACCCUAGAAACUUUCCAUACAAAAAUAUUAUUUCUCUUACAUUUUGUUCAAAAAUUUGUUUCCAUCCCUGUUAGUGAGCAUUUCUCCUUUGCCAAGACAAUCUAUCCACCUGACAGGUGUGGCAUAUCAAGAAACUGAUUAAACACAACGAUCAUUACACAGGUGCACCUUGUGCUGGGAACAAUAAAAGGCCACUCUAAAAUGUGCAGUUUUGUCACACAACACAUUGCCACAUAUGUCUUAAGUUGAGGGAGUGUGGAAUUGGCAUGCUGACUGCACGACCAUCCACCAGAGCUGUUGCCAUAAGCCACCUCAAAUUGUUUUAAAGAAUUUGGAAGUACGUCCAACCGGCCUCACAACCGCAGACCAUGUGUAACCACGCUAGCCCAGGACCCCCACAUCUGGCUUCUUCACCUGUGGGAUCAUCUGAGAUCAGCCACCCAGACAGCUGAUGAAACUGAGGAGUAGUUCUGUCUGUAAUAAAGCCCUUUUGUGAGGAAAAACUCAAUCUGAUUGGCUGGGCCUGGCUCCCCAGUGGGUGGGCCUAUGCCCUCCGAGGCCCACCCAUGGCUGCUCCCCUGCCCUGUCAUGUGAAAUCUAAAGAUUAGGGCCUAAUGAAUUUAUUUCAAUUGACUGAUUUCCUUUAAUGAACUGUAACUCAGUAAAAUCGUAGUAAUUGUUGCAUUUUAUAUUUUUGUUCAGUAUAUUAUGAUAGAUUGCAUUAUUUAAGGUGUCUCUCGGACCAUGAUAUCAGCCAACAUAAUAUAAGGCUAACUGACAACGGUCCUAUUUGAUGCCUAUAGAAAGAAUCCCCUGAAAUUAAUAGGUUUCUUUGCUUAGGCUAAUAUCUCUGGUCCCGACUCUAGUAACAGAUCAGGAUAGCAAUGGUAAUCUGAACAAAAAUAUAUUUUUUGAAGAAGAUAAUGUCCCUGAAUCACUGCAUGGAUAUGUUUUUUUUUCUUUGAGUAUCAGCAGUCUUGGUCAGGACCGGUCCUUGCCAUUCUGCCGCCCAAGGUGAGACCAAAAGAUGCCGCCCCAGCAAAACUAGAAUAGUCACAGUGUGGUAGCCGUAUCCCAGGAUGCCGUUGGUGAAGAGGAGUAUUGAGCCCAGGCACCUGUGCCACACGGUGCUGCCGCGGGCCAUCAAGAACGAGCUGGAGUGUGUGACCAAUGUGUCCCUAGCUAACGUCAUUCGACAGCUCAGCAGCCUCAGUAAGUACGCAGAGGAUCUUUUUGGGGAGCUGUUCAACGAGGCCCACUCCUUCUCCUUCCGGGUCAACUCCCUGCAGGAGCGCGUGGACCUCCUCUCUAUCAGCGUCACUCAGCUCGAUCCUAAGGAGGAGGAGCUAUCUCUCCAGGACAUUACUAUGAGGAAGGCAUUUAGGAGCUCCACCAUCCAGGACCAGCAGCUGUUUUCCCGCCAGUCGCUGCCCAUCCCCCUGCAGGAGACAUUUGACCUCUGCGAGCAGCCACCACCCCUCAACAUCCUCACACCCUACAGGGAUGAUGGUAAGGAGGGGCUGAAGUUCUACACAAACCCCUCCUACUUCUUUGACCUGUGGAGAGAGAAGAUGCUGCAGGACACGGAGGACAAGAGGAAAGAGAAGAGGAAACAGAAGAUGGAAUUGCCUUUUCAUGUGUGGCCGGAGAGCCUUAUCAGAGUCCCCUCUGAACCCCCUCCCCUCCUUGCCCCCCCAGAGUUGCAGGACCCCCGCAUGUAUGAUCAGGUCUAUAGGUACUUAGACCUCCCAGGGCAGGUAAGGGGAAACGACCGUACUCUGGAGACUGAGAAGGUACCGCGGGUGCCUCAUGACCGGAAGAAGGAGUGGCAGAAACUGGCGCUGGGGGCAGAGCUAGCUGAGGACGACUCUGAGGAGGCCUUGAAAGAAAGAGAGGCUAACGGUUCCGCCACCUACCACGACAGGUCUGGAGCUCCUAUGUACUUGGAAGGGAUGGACGGGCCGUUCUCCCUAGCAGCGCUGCCCUACAGUCAAAUGAACGAGCUGCUGAACCGUCCUGGGGACAGAAUGUACACGCGACCCCAUGACCCCCCACCACUGCCCCCCAUGCACCUUCUGGGAGACAUCAAACCCCCCUCCAUGAUCAGCUCCAGUUCAGGUUUUUCAGACAGCAGACCCCAGUCUCCAGCACAGAUGCAUGGCUUCAAUUCCAACACCCCUCCCCCUCCGCCUCCCCCCUUGCCUCCUCCACCUCCCCCCUUGCCUUCCAUGUCCAGCUCUGGCCCACGGGGCACCCCUCCUCCCCCUAUCCCUCCUCUACCAGUCCAGCAGCAGCCCCCCGCCAUCCCCCCUCCCCCCGCCCCCCUCCAGAUCGCCCCUGGCGUCCUCCACCCUGCCCCUCCUCCCGUGGCUCCUCCCCUCCACCUCUCCUCCCCGGCCCGCCGCCAAAAGAUCCUGGACAAGGGCCCGCCCCCUGGCCAAUCAGAUGGCACUGUACUGCCCCCGCCCCCUCCUCCUCCUCUGCCUCUCCCAGGAGCACGGAGCUCCUCCCCCUGCCCGCCGGGCCCGCCCCCCGUGCCUUCCUUCCUGUCAGGUGCCGUGGGGUCCCCAGCCUCUCACUCCAGUGGGAAGAAACAUUCUGCCAGCCUGCCGCCCAUCAGCGAUGCACGCAGCGUCUUAUUGGAGGCCAUCCGCAAAGGUAUCCAGCUCAGGAAGGUGGAAGAGCAGAGGGAGCAGGAGGCGGCCAAACACGAGCGUGUGGGGAACGACGUGGCCACCAUCCUGUCCCGACGCAUCGCCGUCGAGUACUCCGACUCGGAGGAUGAGUCCGAGUUCGACGAGGGAGACUGGAUGGAGUGAACGAGAUGGAGGGAGAGGAGAAGAGAAGGGGACAGAGGGCAAAACUGUCACCCAACUGUACCCCCUUUCGAGAUGUCAGAAGUUUAUCCUUACAACUGCUCUCCUCUGUCAGUCCUAUUUUACUUCCCUCUCAUGCACUACUCUACACCACUCUCCCUCUCCCUCUCCCUCUCCCUCUCCCUCUCCCUCUCCCUCUCUCUGUCAAUUACUGUUCUUCUAUGUCUGUUUGGAUGAAAAGCUCCAUGUCAGUUCUUUGUUCCAUGUGUUCUGGUCGGGUUAUGUUUUUGUACUCAUUUUUCUACACUACUGCACAUCGUUCAGUUGCUGUCAUGUUAUUUUCCUUCUUUAUCCUCCAACAGUAUGAAAUCCUCCUCGUGUACAGUUGUUUCAAAAAUAACCUUUUAAAGAAAAACUGUUGGUGAAGAACGACACAUUUUUUUAAUGUCCUGUUUGUUUCUCGCUGUUCAGUAUUAACGUGACAAAGUGGCAUGACACUUUUGUCUUUAGUACUGUCCUGCCUCCUAGUGGGCCAAAGUGGAGGUGAGUGGAUUCUGUAUUUUAUUAUCUCUUCUUGGAGUUUCUUUUCUAACAGAAAAACACAUGCAGUUUUUAAAUGGGCCAGUUGUUGCCAAUAUGAACUACUUGAAGGAUGGGAGCCAUCCUGAAUAUCAGUCGGCUGUGGUUGUUUGCUGAGGUGAUUUAUUGGAGUUGUUCCGUGUUUUUAUAUCAUCCGGAUUUGACUUAUUACCUUGGAACAAGGAAAAUAUUGUGGUGAUGAUAUGUUAUGUGAUGACUGUUGUAUGAUUCUGAUGAUGAAGAUGAAGAAGAAGUGUGGUGAGAUAUUAGAAUAAUCAGAACCACUUAACAGUAGUGUCCCACUGGGCACACACAGGUCUAAUCAACGUUGUUUCCACUUCAUUUCAAUGAAAUUAUGUUGAACCAACGUGGAAUAGACGUUGAAUUGACGUCUUUGCUCAGUGGGGUCUGAACAAUAGGAACCACUUAUAGAAGGCAGAUUAUUUCUCUGUGUGUUGGCUAACGAGAAGCCUUACCUCGUUUGACUCUAGAAAACUAAAUAAGGGCUCUAUUCAAUCUGUAUCGCUGAAGCGUUACAGAUUGUGCAAUUCAAAUUUUAAGAUCAUUUCCGAUUGAGCCGACAGGUGGUGCGUUUAACGUGAAUGCAGUCUCCGCUAACUUGGGAACAUAGCCUUUACAUUUCAAUCACGCUGUAAUGCUGAUCUUCAGCGAUACACAUUGAAUCGAGCCCUAACAGUUACUAUGAAGAAUUUAAAUGAAUUAACGCCAUUAGUCUACCUGUGUUUCUGCUGCCAAGGGGGCAGGGCCAUGAUGAUUCAUCUGCCUUCACAGCUCCCUUUGAAGAUGUCUGCCGUCCUUUUCUUUAUUUUAUCUUUCUUUCGUUCUUUCUUGCCUUAUUGUUUGUACAGACAUAUUGUUGAGUUGAUGAAUGUAUUGUGCUGUUACUACUUUUUGCCUGUUCUGGUAUGAAUUAACUGGUUCUAUGUUUGGGGAGUGGGAGUGAGGAAAAUUAACCCUGGGUUAAAAGAAUAUACUGUAUAACAUGUCACUUAUGUAACUGUUGACUGUAACAGUUUGCUUGAGUUAAUAAAAGCUAAUGUUAUGUUUCAA